AAAUUUAAUUAUUUUAUGUCAGUGUUGUAGAAAAUUACACUUAACCCAUAACGCCUAGAUUCACUUACGUUGCUUACGGUUUUUUUAUUUUUGAUAAUCCUCGCAUUCUUGAAAACUCUAUAAAGCGCUCACGAGUCUUUGUUUAUUCUUUUCCAAAUUGUGUGUCAUUUGGUUGCAAAGCUCCUUAAUUUUGUUAUGUCUUAUACUUUACUUUGUAAACAACACUUUUUCAAUUUAGAAGUUUUAGCAAAUAUUGCAAAGAUCAUGACUUACAAUAUGCAAAUUAUCUGUUCUUAUACCUGACGUUGGAGUCAAUAUGGCUGUAACGCUGGAUUUUAUUCCUUAAUUUUUAUUAUUAAAACUGUCAAUCACUUAUGAUUGUCGUGUCGAGCAUUAUGCCGUGCUCUUUCAGAGUGUCUGUUAUCAAAUAGAGCAGGGGUUAUAUCGCUUUGAACGCGAACAAGGCAUAUUCACAUCUUAGUUGAAUAGAGGACUCGAACCCAUCCCACCCUAUUGCGAAACAUUACACAAUUACAGCACUUUAUGAAAGUUUGGAGCAACGUCGUGAGGUUGCAGCAUUAUAACAGUCCAUUCUAAGAUCAUAAAGCACUCGACCUCAAGGAUGCUUCACGUGAGUUUUCUUAAAUACGUGGCACUUUAACCCUUUUUUUACAUAUUGUCAUAAUUGUAUCACCUUUUCUUCUAGUUCUUCAGCCAGUUAUUUAGCCAGCGCCUUAGCAAUUACGAAAGUCGAUGACCAGCCCCUUUCUUCUCACCGAACGAAUGAACUAACUAAACCGUUAGUGUAGUAUAUAUAGCUGAAUCGUGCAGUGGAACUAACGUUAUAGUGCUGUCAAGAUGAAACGGGACUGAGAACAGAAAACCGUGACACAAAGCUAUCUCGGAUAUCACUAGUGAGUUGCUGACAAGCUGCCUUCAAAUAACUAGAAAAAAGACGGACAUGUAAAAGCAGUCUUCUCGUCGCACACUCGAAUCAUGAUCAAGCUAGGRUUGCUAAUCGUCAUGUCAGUGGCCGUUGGGAUUUCAUUUGGGUAUUCGCUGAAAAAGAAAAAGAGUUGUACAUUUUCGACCGAUGAGGGACGCUGUUGUGUUCUACCGUUUGUUUUCAAUAAUCGUACCUAUACUGAAUGUACAGCUGACAAAAUGGACGAGGAGGACUGGAGUAGACAAUGGAAUACCGGCCCCUGGUGUCCUGGUCGGGGUGUUCAACAAGGGCGAAGUCAUCUUAAAUGCUUUAGAACAGAACACAGCUGUGGGGGACUUCGAACAGCUUCUGCUGGAGUUAUUUCAUCUUCAAACUUCAAACCUCGGCGUAUAACGAACAACUCAUUUUGUCUAUGGAAAAUAAAAGUUGCACAGUCCAACCGUAUUUUUCUCAACUUCACGCAUUUCAACCUUACCAGAGAUUGUGCCAGUGCCUACCUUAAUAUAUAUGACGGAGAGAACACAACAUACCCUCUAUUGAAGAGGCUUUGUGGUAUUGUCAUGCCUCCCCCUAUCGUCUCCACUAGCAACACGAUGACGUUACUAUUUCGAUCUAUGACGUCAGAGGAAAGAAAAGGAUUCCGAGCAUAUUAUGACACAGGCGAGUGUCAUGUUCGUACGUGGGGUGGUAAUGGCGGAGGUGCAUGUUGUGUAUUUCCUUUCAUCUACAAAGGCGAAGUGUACAACAAUUGUAUAACGAAAGAUGCUGAGCACGAAACGAACAACAAGGAUCCGUGGUGUGCCGUGACUUCCAACUACGAUACCGUGCGGCUCCCGUCAAUUUGAAUGUCCCAACAACCAUUGGUGGAAACAGUGCAUUGAUAUCAGUAAAAAGUGCAAUGGACCAGUUGAUUGCGCAGACGGCUUUGAUGAAGAAGGAUGUCCUCUGAUGAAAAACCCAUACAAGUGCCGUUCGGUUUACGUUGUAAAUGGUCUCGUCUGGAAACUUGGACGAAAAUGUGCGUACAAAGACUACUGUGGAAAUACAACAUUUGGUGCUGGUCCAUGUAACAUUUCAUCUUGGAACAAAUGCGAUAACGGAAGGUGCAUCCCCCAGGAAUGGGUUUGUGAUGGUAAAGAUGACUGCGGUGAUAAAAGUGAUGAAAUUCAACCACAAUGCCCAUAUAAAGCCGAAUUAGCAGAUCCAAGAGCCUGUAGUUGGAUUAGCGAUUGUCGAAAAUGGGAAAAACAGCUUGGAGAAGGAUCCUUAAGAAAUAUAAAGACCAUUUUUACUUGUCGCGAUAGCAACACUACAAUCAUCCCUCAAUACUUACCCCAUACAACAACUACAUUAAAAAUUGUUAAAAAGAAACUCCGAAAACUUGGUACAUCAAGUUUUGCAAGAUAUGAAAAACUGGAAAGGCUAGGUCUUCAACAAAACCAAAUAAGUGACAUUGCUUCGUAUACAUUCAUUAAACUACGCAACCUUGUAGACUUGAAUUUAGACGACAAUAACUUGACAGUCAUAGCAAGCAAUACAUUUGCAGGUCUCACCUCUUUGCGCCAACUUCACAUUCAGGGAAACCCCAUCGAAGUCAUACAAAAAAAUGGCUUUUUAGGACUGAGUCGAGUAGAAUCACUAAAUUUGACACACUUYAAGCUCAAGAAAAUCGAGUCGGGAGCCUUUCAAGGAAUGCAUUCUCUUUCAGAACUACACAUGGAAGGCAAUGAAAAACUAACUACUCUUCCCCUUGACAUCUUCGAUGAUGUAAACCUCAAUUAUCUGUCAGCAGACAGAUUUGAAUUCUGUUGCAUUGCCAAGCUGUCUGGCGAAAACUGCUCGGCCCCGAAAGACUUGUUUUCUUCAUGUGAAGACCUCAUGGCAAAUCCAACCUUAGGAAUCUCCAUAUGGAUUCUGGGAUGUAUUGCCUUAUUUGGAAARGCCUUUGUCCUUAUAUGGAGGUUAAAAACCAAAAGUGAAAGCAAAGUUCAUUCARUACUGCUUCUGAACCUGGCGAUUUCCGACUUUCUCAUGGGGGUCUAUCUUGUGGUGAUUGGCUCUGUAGAUCUCUAUUACCGUGGAAAUUACGCUAUAUUCAGCGAAGACUGGAAGAGAAGCUCUCUUUGUCAGUUUUGUGGUUUUCUAUCGACUUUAUCUAGUGAGGCGUCGGUCUUCAUCCUCACUAUCAUGACCGCUGACCGGUUUGUAGCGAUAACGUAUCCACUCAGAAACAUCAGUCUUAAACUGUGCGGUGCUUAUAAAGCAUUGGCUUUAAUUUGGCUAUCGGCGUUUUUCCUAGCUUCUAUUCCGUUAAUGGGAAUUGAGUAUUUUAAUGACUUUUACGCGCGCUCUGGGGURUGUCUUCCUCUUCACCUCACCGCUGAGAAGCCCGCUGGCUGGCAGUACUCGGUGUUCGUCUUUCUGGUAUUAAACUUAAUCUCUUUCCUGGCUAUUUUUGUUUUGUAUCUACUUAUGUUUAUUAAGAUAAGACAGACUAAUACCAUGACAGGAGUUAGCCAAAAGGCACCAACGACGUCSAUAGGAUCGCGGAUGGUUUUCAUAGUUCUAACUGACUUUGUAUGCUGGAUUCCUAUCAUAAUCAUUGGUAUAGCGUCCCUGUUAGGUAUGAAAGCAAGCCCGGUUGUUUACGCAUGGGUUGCAGUAUUUGUCUUGCCUUUAAACUCAGCUCUUAAUCCGAUUUUGUACACUAUAUCGACCACGAACUUUCGCAAAAACAUUAAUACUAGCGUUAGGAAGAGUUCGAAGAAACUUCAAGGUGGUAUGUCGUUUUUGACAGCGACGGACAAUCAAACCAUGAUUACAACGCCCCGAAAGAUGGAUUCACUAGUAGAAAAGAGCGAACUAAUGAAUGGGAGAAAAGCGAAUAGAUUUGAUGAUAACAGGAACAAUGAUAUCUCGACUCCUAUGCUUUCAUCUUUUCCGGUUAAGGACACAGAAGUGUGAUGGCAAACGGUGGAUUUGUACUCGCACAAGACUCUAAUGAAAUGAAAUAACAUAAGUUGCAGAUAAGAGUUGGCUGUUAUGGAAGAAUGGCUUUUUAACGUAGUGUACAAAGAAAAACAUGGUGCGCUGGGUAAAUCACAUACAAUCGUCCCCAAAUUGUACUUCAUUGUAAGAGGGUCAUCGCGAGGAAAUUGCUUCWCUAUGUCUUAUCGUUAUACUUGAUUAUAAUACGCUUUAGACUUCAAUUUCACCUACCUCCCCCCACAUUAUGCACGACUCGGAUAUCACUUGGGAGGGGGAAAACCUUCCCAUGGUUCAUGGAGUCAUUGGCAUAUGUAAAUUAGUAUGUUGUCUGAAAGAAGGGGGACAUGGGGGUCUGAGAUAUUGACCAACCUUUUCAUGUGGUGUUCGAGACCCCCAAUUCCCACCCACUGUAAAUGUAUAGUAUGAUAUUAGGCUUAUAUACACAAGUAUUGUCAGAGAACUUACCAACCGUGAGGACACACAACGAUUCCUACGGUCUAAAAUCGAUCGCUCCUUCCGCCUAAUGACGUCAUGCGCGCGAUGUUGAGAUGCACCAUGCAAUGCGGCCGGGUUCUUCAAAACUCGGUUAGCGUUAAACCAGGGUUAACUCCAUAGGUUUUCUAAGAGUUAACCCAGGGUUAGCGCUUAUCGGGAUUUGAAUAACCCGGCCCACUGAAGCCUUGUUUUCGGUUUGUCAGACUGUUUUGCGAACAAGAAAUACAUAUUUUUCGGAUAGGCCUUUGAUUAGACUUACUUUGCAACCAUCUUAUUUAAUAUUCUACUAAAGUAUCCUCCACAAUGGAUACUCGGUAAUUUCGUUUUUCACUAUUGAGGUAUCUGCCAUAUUGAUGCCCUUAUCAAGACCAUGAUGCACUUCGCCAAAACAAUCGUGACGUCAAAAAGCGGAAAGGACCAUAGAAAUGGUUGCAAUUAUCUCACUCGCUCGCAUUCUCUCUCACAAAAAAAGCAUGUACAUUWGGUAUUUAAGCAACGCCAUGGCGCCAUCUUGAUUUUCGACUCGUCAAGCUUCUUUACAAAUGUUUUUGAAAACUGGAUAGCAGAACUCACGUUUUUGAGCCAAACAUUUCGACCGGGAUCCAUCCUAACAGUCGUCRAGCUAGUUUUYUUUACACGACAUUGUAAAAUAGGUAAAUACUGCAUUUCAGAAUGAACUGGAUUGGUGUUAUAUCGGUGCACCGCCAGUUUGAAAGAUGUAAAUAAAAAAAAUCAUAUAAACACACUAGAUUAUUGAAAUGUUAUCACCAAGAAACUGCAAGCAUCAUAGUUUAUAGAGUUUAUACUAAAUAUGUAAGCACUAAAUACGUGAAGGAAAGCCCAAAGUAUUAUUAGUAGAUUUUGAAGAAAUAGUCACCAGAAAAUUACUUAGAUUUAAAAUAACGCAGCGUUCUCUGAGAGUUAAAAAACUGUGUAGUUUGUACUCUAUUAACCUUGACUCCAUGGGUAUAGCUUGCACUACCAUAAACUGGGUAUAGCCAUCCCCACCCUACCCCUAUAGGGGGAAAAUUUCCCCAAGGGGGGAGGGGUGGUAACAUAUGUACAAAGGCUAGCCCUAUCAUAUAUAUAUAUAUAUAUCUUCUCAUGUAAAUACUUAUUUAAUAAACGAAUAAAACUGUCAGUUUUUAAUAAAAAUAGGUUUUAUGAAUAACAAAAAUGAUUUGAGAAUAAAUGAUAAACAAAUUGAUGGCAAUUAUAUUUAAUCUACACGUUUUGUUGUUUUUUGAUUAUUUUUAGAUUGGAAAAGACAGGAAUAUAAAAAGGAGAGAUCUU